AUGAAGCAUCGGGUUGGCAUCAUCCUAGUCACGAUCAUCAACCAUGACAGUGGAUUUUUUCUGAAAGAAGACCCUUCACGUUUUGACGCUCCAUUCUUUUCAAUCACUGCAAAAGAGGCAGCUGGCAUGGACCCAGUACAACGGCUCCUCCUCGAAGUUGCAUAUGAGACAUUUGAGAAUGCUGGAGUACCCAUGGAAAGUCUUCCUGGGAGCCGAACUGCUGUAUUUUCUGGGUGCAUGACGAAUGACUACGAGCUACUGUCAACCAGUGACAUGCAUGAUAUGCCACACAACUCAGCAACAGGCAACGGAAGAACCAUGCUUGCUAAUCGCUUGUCCUGGUUUUUUGACCUCCGAGGCCCAAGUAUUAUGCUCGAUACAGCCUGUUCCUCUAGUUUGACGGCUUUGCAUCUGGCUACGCAGGCUUUGCGGGCCAAUGAGUGUGAUGCGGCUCUUAUAACGGGUGCCAGUCUCAUUCUUCACCCAAACUUCACACAGCGACUCUCCUAUAUGCACAUGUUGAGUGCUGAUGGUAUCAGCCAUUCUUUUGAUCAGAAAGCAAAUGGUUACGGACGAGGUGAGGGCUUUGGCGCAUUGCUACUGAAACCGCUCAGCCAAGCCCUGAAGGACAAGGAUGCCAUUCGUGCCGUAAUCCGCGCAACUGGCGCAAACCAAGAUGGGCGUACCCCCGGUAUCACCAUGCCAAACCGCCACGCACAGGCUGAUUUGAUCCGAACCGUUUAUGGGCCGGGUCUCCCGACUAUGCUGGAAACCACAUACUUUGAAGCCCACGGAACUGGUACUGAGAUCGGUGAUCCAACUGAAUUGUCAGCGAUUGGGGAGACUUUCGGGGCAGCCCGGUCUGCUGAUGAUCCGCCCCUGUAUGUUGGAUCAGUAAAAAGUAAUAUUGGACACACGGAAGGUGCGGCUGGUGUGGCGAGUCUGAUCAAAGUAGUGCUUUGUCUUGAGAGGGGCGUUCUUGUUCCCAAUGCCGGGUUUUCUGAAGUGAAUCCAAGGAUUCACCUUGACGAUUGGAAACUUCGACUUAGUAAUGAGUAUAUUCACUGGCCCUCUCAUCUUCCAAGACGUGUAAGCGUCAACUCAUUUGGCUUUGGUGGCUCUAAUACCCAUGCAAUGAUCGAGAGCGCCUCGGAGUAUUUGGGAUCUAUCGCAGAGCCGCCUUCAGAUUCAAUGGAACAGGUCCCGCAGGUGGUUGUGUUUUCCACUUUCGACAAGGCCGGUCUUGAUCGAAUGGCCACCAAAUGGACGUCAUUUCUGCAAACACGGCUCGAGGCUGGCUUUGAUGAGCAUCUGCAGAGCAUGGCCUAUACUAUGGAUUCUCGCCGCUCCAAACUGCCCUUUCGUAGCUUUGCAGUCGCUGAUUCUGAAUCACAACUCUGCGAAGUAUUGAAGAAGGGUCUACCUGAGUUUCCGCGUGCGAGUCGGAGCACAAGCUCGAAUUUGGCAUUUGUCUUCACUGGACAGGGAGCACAAUGGGCGGGAAUGGGCCAGAGUCUCUUGAGAAUUCCAAUUUUUGCAAAGAGCAUGGCUCGUAGCCAGGAAAUACUUACGAACGUCGGAUGCACCUGGGAUUUGAUCGAAGAAAUCAAGGCAGACGCCACCUCCUCGCGCAUAAGUCAGCCCGAUCGGAGUCAAUCCAUCUGCUGUGCCUUGCAAAUUGCCCUGGUUGAUCUCUUGGCCAGUUGGCAGGUGCAUCCACGCGCGGUAGUUGGACAUUCUAGCGGUGAGAUAGGAGCAGCAUAUGCAGCCGGGUUUCUUACUCACCAGGACGCCAUCCGGGUUUCAUUUUUCCGAGGUGUCCUCUCUCUGCGAAUCGCCCAAAAUGGAAGGCGAGGCGGCAUGCUUGCUGCCGGAAUCUCCGCCACCGAUGCUGACAAGUAUCUAGUCGACGUUCCUUCCGGGUCUGUUGUGAUAGCAUGCGUCAACAGUCCAGCAAGCAUCACUCUCUCGGGCGAUAUAGAUCAGAUAGACCUGCUGGAGAAGAGAAUUCAAGCGGAUAAAUGCUUUGCACGCAAGUUGCGCGUCGAGACGGCGUAUCAUUCUCCGCAUAUGCACGACAUCGCUGAUGACUACGAGGCAGCUCUGAAGGAGAUCGUACCUAUGGAGGGUCGCCAAGGUGCAGUUGAGAUGUUCUCAUCUGUUACCAAAGAGCCUGUACAUGCGAAAGACCUGGGCCCAGCCUACUGGGUGCGCAACAUGGUCAGUACAGUGGAAUUUGCCUCUGCAGUGUCGCAGUUGGCUACAAUGACCGAGUCUCGCAAAGGACGUCGUCGCGCAGCGGCCGUGAAAUGGAGUUUUUUUCUCGAACUUGGCCCGCACGAAGCACUGAAGGGGCCAUUCACUCAGACCCUGCAGUCUAUUGAUAGCACUUUGGCCACACUUCCAUAUCAAGCCUUGGUUAAGCGGAAUACAAAUGCCCUUCAGACCGGUCUUCAGGCGGCUGGGCACCUCUGGAGUAUCGGCACAGCCAUCGACAUUGAGGCUGUCAAUAUGAGCGUCAAUCCUACAGACCCAAAGACACUUACUAAUCUCCCAUCAUACCCCUGGAAUCACCAAUCUUCAUUCUGGCAUGAGCCUCUGGCUUCAGCUCGGCUCCGUCGACGUAAAGAGCCCCGCCAUGAUCUAUUAGGCAUUCCUUGGGAGUAUCAAAAUGAUCUUGAACCCCAGUGGCGUAACUUUUUGCGGGUUUCUGAGAUGCCUUGGUUGGCAGAUCACAUAGUCGCUGGAUCCAUCAUCCUUCCAGCUGCUGGCAUGGUUGCAAUGGUCGCCGAGUCUGCACGUCAGCUUGCAGAGACUUCUAAAUCGCUUGAAGCUAUCGAGUUCCAUGAUCUUGCAUUUUUGCAAAGUGUCGUCAUUCCGGAUGAUGAUCGUGGCCUCGAAACAGUCUUGCACGUGGCGCCGCAUCAUAGUGUUCCUGGAUGGUUUGUAUUUGGAAUUUUUUCCCUGCCCAAGGAAGCAUCCUGGAUCAAGAAUGCAACCGGUGCGUUUACCUUACACUAUGAUGAUAGUGGUAUGCCGAUUCAUCCGGAAGACUGGAGUCACAUUGUCGAGGACUCCAAAUAUAGUCGAGCUGCUGCCGCCAACAGAGAAUCCGACGGCGUCUACGAAUGGCUCUCUAACACCGGAGGUGUCUCACUAGGCUCCACAUUCAGAUCCAUUUCUAAUAUAUCCUUCUGCGAGAGUGGGCGUCAACUGUGGAUUGACGGCAUUGUGCAAGACACGCAGCGAACGGCGCCUUAUGAGCAAGAAUCCGCCUACUUCAUGCACCCCACCUCUCUUGAUGCCCUCUUGCAGGCGGCAGUCCUUUCUUGCUCAGAUGCACUUAGCAACCAGAAUGCCAAUAUUCCGAUCGGUGUUGAUAGGCUCUACCUUCCAACCAACUUGGACCUUCGAUCAGGCGAUCGUUUCACUAUUCAUACGACAACAAGAUUCCAAGAAGCCGGUUCACCGCGAUCAGACUCGAUAGCCUCCAACCCUUCCUGGGACUAUCCUAGUGUAGUGUUGCAAGGUAUCCGGCUUGGUCGUGUACCAAUCGCAAAAAAGUCCUCUGAAGACGCUGGUCAGAACAGUACAAGCCAGUAUUCAACGAUAACUUGGGCAGCGCAUCCGACCUCAUUCGGUGGGGCAGGGGUAAGCCAAAAUCACACCGGCUCACUUGAAGAUUGGAUCCAUUGCGUCUGCCACACAUAUGGCGAUGCUAAAGCUCUUAUAAUCAUUCCUCCGAGUGAGAGCAGCGACGUGAUAAAGAGUUUUCACUCAUUUUUACCCGGCGUUGGGCAUCGACCUUCUUUGCAAGAGCUCGUGGUCAUUAUCUGGGGACCCGAUGCGCCGACAGAGUCUCAGACCAUCAAGUUGCAAGAGUUACUACCCGGCGCACAGGUGCAGCAUAUCGAAAGAUUGCAUGAACUCACUACAUCUUUACCUGAUGACAAGCUAUUUGACCUCGUCUUCGUAGACCACCCAGGUAUUUGCAGUUCCCCAAGUAUCGAAGAUAAUCUUUCGUCAAUCUCCUUGGCCACGCAACCAAAUGCAUGUAUGGCGUUGAGCAUCUCUUCUAUUGAUAAAGAUGCUGCAAAUGGCAUCACUAAUACCCUUGGCUGGAAUUUUGCAGGUGAGACUCAGGAUGGUCACUUCGUUCUCGCUUGUCGAGAUAUGGGCCCUAUAUCUCUUGAUUCCACCAUAUUUUUGCUCGCGGCAGACUCAACGCAACUGCCAGACGCACUCAAAUCCAGCUUGGAGCAAAUAUUUGCCGCAAUGAGUAUUCAAAUCUGUCAUGUUACAUUACCAGAGAUUGGAAGUCUCGCUGGCAAAAUGGUCAUAUCCUUGGUAGAGUUCGAGCGCCCCUGGGUCUCUUCCUGGACUGCCAGCUCUAUGACUCAGUUUCAGGCACUGCUACAUGCCAAUUAUGUUCUAUGGGUCUCUCCAAGUUCCACCUCGACAAUGGACGACAGUGCUACCGGAUUUGGUGCAACGACAGGUCUGCUUCGCACUUUGAGGAACGAGAAACGAAGUGUACUUUUACCACAGCUACAGUUCCACCCACUCGAUGAAGCCAGUGUUGAUGUAUUGGCUCAGGGGAUACUUCAAGUGAUGAAAAUGACGCUAGGACCUCUAACUCGGUUCAGUCACGAUCUGGAGUACAGGUUGCAGAAGGGGCGACUCAUGGUGCCAAGAGUGGUUGCUGCUGAGCAGGUGGAUGAGGCAAUGAGUACCUUGUUACAUGGUCCGCGGCCAGCUCUUGGUCGCUUAGUCGAUGAUGCUCGCCCACUGCGCUUCGAUGUGAAUUCUCAAGACACCCAGCAUGCUUAUUGGUCGGAGGAUUCAGCGCUGGCUGCUGCCCUCCCCUCGGAUCACGUGGAGGUGCAAUUGAAACUACAGACUAUUCCCCCGGUCAAAAACUCUGUGGGCUCUAAUCCCGAGGCACUCCUGCAUGCAGUCGAAGCCGUCGGCACUGUCAGGGAGCUCGGAAGUAUUGUUAAGGGAAAUAUCCUGGUGGGAGAUACUGUUAUACUGUUGUCGCCUGCGAUUGGGUCAGAAAUAGGUUUCUCGACCCGUGUUCGAGUUCCUGCUUCAGCAGUUAUGAGACUACCGACGGGACUCAGUCCGGAGCAAGCAGUUUCAGUGCCCUUAGCAUACACGCUUGCCUAUAUCUGUUUGUUUGACACCGCACGCUUCGGGCCUGAUGAUUCGCUUCUGGUUGUCGGAUCUAUUAGCCAAACACUUUUGGCCAUUUUGAACAGUGCCCUGAUGGUCCCGGGAGUCCAGAUUUUUGUGGCGACGACAAGUGCUGAAGAGCGUGACGAACUGGCCUCUCAAUAUGCCAUUCCAUCCAAUCACAUCAUGAUCAUACAAGGUGGCCUUGAUACCAAAGUCAUGCACAUGACCAAUAGCAAGGGCAUUACCGCAGUUAUUUCAUGUGUCAGUGGCUCACCUGGUCGCCUCGCUGCUCGUACUUUGGCCUACGGAGGCCACUUUGUUGACAUCAGUGGCCAAAUGAAAACGACAGCUCUACCUAGUUCUUUCAUCGAGAGAUCUUGCACAUUUUCCGUCGUCAACCUGGAUGUCAUAUUGCAACAGCGGCCAGAAAAAGCCUACAACUACUUUCGUCGAGCUUCCAAAGCCCUGUGCUCACACCACUGCCUUAAACCUGAGACUGUCUUUUCCGUUGCCAACUGGAGUGAUGCAAAAGGCCAUGCCCUGAAGACAGGAUCUCGCGUAAUCAUCGACCUCAGUGGGUCUGGUGAAGUCCUUAUUGAGCCUGUGCGAGUGGCACCUUUCUCUCUACCUCGGGGAUAUACCUUCAUCUUGGCUGGCGGUCUUGGCACCCUGGGCUUGGCACUAGCUGCUUCGCUUGUUGAGAAUGGAGCCCGUCAUAUUGUAUUUCUUUCUCGCUCCGGAAUCGUUCAAGAUGAGUUAAAACCAGCCGUUGAUGGCCUCAUAGGUAAAGGUUGCCGUAUUGAUAUCAUGCGCUGUGACAUUUCUCUGGAGGGCGACAUUCAACAGCUACUUUCACAAGCCCGCAGGCAUCAAUGGCAGAUCAAGGGUGUUCUGCAGUGCGCAACAGUGCUUCAUGACUCAAUGUUUGAAAAGAUGUCAUUCGAGCAAUGGACUUAUUCUACUCAGCCAAAAAUUUUGGGAACAUUCAAUUUACACCAACUCCUGCUGAGCGAAGACUUGGAAUUCUUCAUUACACUUUCGUCUGUUUCUAGUGUGAUUGGCAACAUCGGACAAUCAAACUACUCCGCAGGGAAUUCAUAUAUGGAUGAUCUGAUGGCCUGGCGCCAAGCUCACGGGCUCCCUGGAAAUAGUAUCAAUAUCGGUCUAGUCCCCGAUGCUAGUGGAGUUGGCGAUGUUUUAGAGUCACCGGACGAGCGUCGCCGACGAUAUAGUCAUUUGGAAGGCACAGAAAUUCUCACGCAUGAAUUGCAGACACUUCUUCGGCUAAUUUUGCAGCGCCAGGUGUCUAUUCCGGCACAAAUCAUCGCCGGAAUGACCGACACUUUGCCUCGUGACGGGAGUGUUUCUUGGCAUUACGACCGCAAGUUGGAUCAUCGGAUCCGCUUGCUCCCAUUAGAGCUUAAUCAGGGCGCUGAACGGACUAGUGGCCUGCUCAAACGAUCUGGGUCUAUUGAUGAGGCCACCAAGGUCGUCGUUCAAGGAAUGCAGGAUUACCUAGCCAGCGCCAUGGCGGCUUCACCCGACUCCAUCGACCCGGAAUUACCUCUCUCAGCAUUAGGUGUGGAUUCUCUCAAAGCAACCGAAGUACAGAAUUGGGUAUCGCGGGAGAUGGGGGCUGAGUUAUCGUCGUUCGAGUUCUUGGGAUCGCAUUCGGUGAGAGCUUUGUCAGAAAAAAUUGCCCAACAGAGCCUUUAUGUCGUCGUUUCAUAA